AUGGAAGAGCAUAGGCCAGACCCAGAAAUGGGGGAGGAGAAAGACGUGCUCAAACCCAACGCGACUGAGAUUUUUGAUUCUCACAAUGAGAAAGCGUUGAUGCGCAAAAUCGACUGGCACAUCCUUCCCAUCAUGUUCACUGCCUAUAUGCUUCAGUUUCUCGACAAGACAGCGUUAGGAUAUACUGCAAUCUUUGGAAUUCAGCAAUCAUUGAAACUGGUUGGUGAUGAAUAUUCAUGGGCUUCCAGUGCAUUCUACUUUGGUUUCUUGGUGGCAUCAUACCCGGUAUCAUUAUGCUUCGUCAAAUUUCCAAUCGCUAAAUUCCUCUCUGUCUCCUUUGUUAUAUGGGCCGUGAUCCUGGCGUGUCAUGGCGCCACGUCCAACUUUGAGGGUCUCAUAUCCCUUCGGGUUUUACUUGGGGUUUUUGAAAGUACAAUCAGCCCUGGUCUGUCCCUGCUCACUGGCCUCUGGUAUAAACGGUCUGAGCAUGCCUCCAGACAUGGAAUCUGGUUUGCAGGAAAUAGUGUUUCGUCUAUUUUUGGUGGGCUGUUAACGUACGGUAUCGGACAUAUCAGCAACUCGGUUGAACCAUGGAGGUGGAUAUUCAUCAUAUUCGGCAUCAUAACCUUUGCAUAUGGAAUCGUCUUCUAUAUCUACCUACCAGGCAGCCCCCGCAACGCCCGUUUCCUUUCUAAAGAGGAAGGAGAGUUCAUUCAUCAACGUGCUCAGCAGGAAUCACACACCACAGUUUCGCAUAAAUGGUCACAAAGCCAAUGUAUCGAAGCACUUAUGGACCCGAAAACUUACCUGAUUUUUGUGUACUCCAUGGCGUCCAGCAUCCCCAAUGGAGGUCUCACAAGCUUUGGAAGCAUUGUCAUUGCCGGAUUUGGAUACUCGACUUUCAACACUCUCCUCGUUGGGUUACCCACCUCGGUGUUCACUCUCAUCUGGGUGGUUCUGGCCACGAUCAUCGUUACGAAGUUCCGCAAAUCACGUUGCCUCACCGCUGCUGGCUUACAGCUGAUCAGUUUGGCUGGCUCUAUCAUGGUCUCUCAGAUUGAUCCCACACAAAAAGUGUCUCGAUUGGCUGGAAUGUGGCUUUUCCCUGCAUAUUCUGCCGGUGUUCCUAUUGUCCUGAGUAUUAUUGCCUCUAACGUGGCUGGAUACACCAAAAGGACGACGGUCACUGCGGUGAUGUUCAUUGGAAAUUGUGCUGGUAACAUCACUGGUCCUUUUCUCUUCUUCUCUGAUGAAAUGCCCGACUACGGGAGUGCCUGGAUUGGGAUUAUGGUUUCCCUGGCUAUUUCCUUCGUCUCUAUUCUUGCCUUGCGUCAGCUAUUCCAGUUCCAGAACCAGCAACGAGAUCGCCGACAGAAUGUCAAAAUAGACCCCGAAUCUCGUCAGGAGUUUGAAACCGAGGAGGUUGUUGCACUCGAUCGUGCACUCGAUCAGGAUGAAACUGACUGGGAGAACCAGAGCUUCCGCUAUUUUUUGUAG